AUGUUCCUGCCAGCUCCAAACUCUCUGAGAGUCACCAGAGGAGUGGGAAGUACCUCUGGUGAGCUCUGGCGCGAACAAAGACGCUUCGCCCUCAACACUCUCAGAGAGUUUGGAGCUGGCAGGAACAUCAUGGAGGACAAAAUACAUGAAGAAAUCUCACAGUUUCUCGAGGCCUUCGAGACAGAACGGGGACAAGGGUUUGACUGCACCCGUCUGGUGCAGAACGCAGUAUCCAAUGUCGUCUGCUCCACUAUGCUCGGCAAGCGAUUUGAAUAUACAGACCCGCUUUUUGUUACAUAUUUAAAAGCUAUAGACAAAAAUGUUGCCAACGUAGAAAAAUAUUUUCAAGAGAUCCAAGAAAACAUCGGCCAGAGCAGACGACCCUCCAUGAAGGACAAGACCAAUCUGCCCUAUGUCGAGGCCACCAUUAUGGAAGUUUUGAGACGAUCGGAUAUCGCACCUACCGCUCUCCCACACACCGUUCCCCACGAUGUCCAGUUCAGAGGGUACACGUUCCCUAAAGGUGUCCUUGUCAUAUUGAUGCUUGAUUCGGUCCUACAAGACCCGGAUGUGGGGGGUGACCCAGAAAACUUUAGGCCUGACCGUUUCCUUGACGACACUGGCAAGAUUGUAAAGAAAGAAGAAUUCAUUCCCUUCUCUCUUGGUCGAAGAGCUUGUCUGGGUGAGUCGAUGGCCCGCAUGGAGUUGUUCCUCUUCCUGACCACCAUGAUCCAGAGGUUCAAGUUCGUCCCUGUGGAUGACCAGAUGCCCUCCUUGGAUGGAAUCAUGGGUGUAACUCAUUCUCCAAGACCAUUUCUCAUGAAAGCUAUUCCCAGGGUUUAAUCAGAGAAUGUGACUGACUGAGUGAGUGAGUAGGUGUUUAGACCCCUUUUAACAACACUUCAGCAUGGUAUUUCAUUUUAGUUCAUUUCAGUUGACGAAAGAAAACUAUUAGCUUUGCGGUUUGAAACUUGAUCUGAGUCUAGAUACACCAAAAGUAUAGAAUCUUGAUGAUUUAAAAAAGAAAAUCACAUACUAUUUGGUGUUCGGGUGGUCAGGGGCUAUAACUUGGCUAUUACAGGAUUAUUGGAUUAGAGGUCUAUCCUGAAGCGUUUGGUCGUUGCUCAUGCGUCCACUCACUAGCUGCCUGGUUAGCACUCGGAAAUAUGGUGACAAAGCAUUCGGAACAAAAUGAAAAUAUUUAUGUUGCUUUUCCUCUAAUUGCUUAAUCGUAUAAUAUCAUGUAGUCUUGUAUGCGAACGUGAUGAACAUUUCAGCGAAUCGCUCUUUUGGUGUUGCACAGACGACAAAUAACAUGUACUUUUCCAGCAUGUUUCGUCAGUAGUUUGUUUGGUAUUGAACAGUAUCAUAUUUGAGCUGGUACAAUCGUAGGUGAAUUUAUUUCACUGAAAUUAUUUAAGACCAAAUGGGAAUCUAACUGUACUUCUAACGCUUGAAUCAUGCAUCAGUGCCCUCACAUGUCCUGUUGCUCACAUUUUAAUUAAACUAUCUUGGAAAUUCAAGGUUCAAGAAUAAUAUGAGUUUCAAAUAAUUCAAACUACUAUCUCGAUAAUGUGACAUGGGUACUUCUAAUCUAUUAUAGGUUUCCGUUGUAUAAUAUAGUAUAAUCCUCAGUCAUGGAAAGUGGAGAACAGUUGACGAAGGGUGUCAAUACACCAAUGCAGUAUUUGGAUGCUGUGAGCAGACUUGAGGAAAUGGGUUGACUCUAGUAAUCGGUUCCAUAGUGUAUGCAUGCAACGUAAGGUGAUGCAUGCAUAUAAUGUACCUUUAUGUAGUAAUAUGUUACACCUUCUUGAAUUAUUCAUGUGACUAUAACAUUUUGUAAAAGACAAUAAAAGUAUU